AUGAGAGUGAACAUCAUCAUCUUCUCCUUCGUGGUGUUCCUGGUGAAGGGAUACAUAGCAAAGGUUGACGACAAGAAAAGCUUUUCAAAGUUGUUCGACGCGAACUUGGUGAACAAUUACGAAAAGCUGUUUAAAGUGAUAAAAUGCCAAUAUUGUUUGACUCAGAAAAAAGGAGAACAAAAUGCAAAAUGUAAGCAGAUAAUGAAGGAGUGCAAACAUUUGCUGAAGAAUGGAGAGUACAUCACCAUGUUGAAAAAUUUAAUGAAUGACUUGAAGGUUGGAAAUAACGAACAUGUAUAUGGACCAAACACAACAGAGUUGAAGAAAAUUAUAAACUUCCUAGAGUUACACAAGCAACAAAUUAAAAAAAUAAAAAACAUGAUUGACACUAUAAAAAACAAUAAAGCCGCUUUGUUAAUUAAUGGAGGAAACAACGCAAUGGUUCACAAAUUAAACAAAGGAAUGAAAUCAUUAAAAAACAGCGUUGAGUACAUACAGAAGAGUCAAGACGUUAUAAAUGAACAGCUAAGUCAAAAUGACGGUGACUUAAAUCAUGUACUACCAGACAUGUUCCAAUUAAAAGGAAUAUCAAGCAAGGAUGUUAAUGAACUUAUCCAGCUAGGAAAUAUAACAUAUAAUGAUGAAGAACAUAAACAUGAAUUAGGCAGUCUAGGUGUAGACGAAAUUGUAAAAACGAGCAUGAAGGAUUUAUUUAAAGAUGGUCAAGGACUUAUGGACGUUGUGAAAAAUACCCUGAUACAAGAAGGACCAGGAAUUGGUGGAGACUUAGUUAACCUCAUAGAAAAGGGAAAAGAAAUUGGAGAAAAAAUUGUAGACAUUGAAGGAAUGAUAACAAAUAAGAAUGGUACUGCUAAAAUGGAUAAAGCUACUAUUCAAAAAUUGGAUCACUUCAAAACGGAAUUAUCUUCAUAUGAAUUUUUAAUAACCAGUCUUAAAGGUGUUGUCUUGACUAAACUUAAGGAUAUCUUGCUACGCCUUUUGUACAAAGCCUACAUAAACUAUAAGACUAAACAGGCAAAAGAAGCUGGAGAAGCUAUCCCAACUGAAGUACCCGAGGAACAAUACCUAGAUGAACUUAAAAAAGGAGGUCUUGAAUUAGGAAUAAAAAUACUCUUUAACAAAUUAAGAUAUUUACUUAUCCUCAUAAAAAAAAAAUUGUUCCCACACAAGUUUGGACCUAAACAUAGUAAUAAAAAGCAAGAUGGCAAAAACACAGAUACCAAGCAGGUCACUGCAGAGAGUGCUAAUUUGCAUGCACCCAUGUUGAGGGGUUUUGUAAGUGCUGAAGAUAUGAGUCUCAUGAACAGCAUAGAUAAUAUGAUUGAAGAAAUUGAUUUCUACGAAAAGGAAAUAUAUAAAAACCCACACACUGGGGAAGUGAUACAUGGAGGCCACAAGGGCACAGCAGCAGGAGGAGCAUCAGGGGUACAAGGGAUGGACGAUUUCAUUAUAGAUGACAUGGGAGAUGACACAACUGAUGAGGACGACAUGACCGAGCAGGUGGCUGAGGAGGUUGUUGAUCAGGUUACCGAAGAGGUCGCCGAUCAGAUAGCUCAUGACACUCUGGAGAAUAUCGCGCACGACAUGGCCCACAUGGAGGCAGUGGUGCACCACAUAACCAACGCAGUGCAGGACGCUACGCACACGGUGAACACACCGCAAAACUUCCUCCACGAGUGCCCACAAGUAGCGACAGAACAGCAUCAGGCGGAAGUAACCCCCGAACCAAUAACAGAGGUAACCCCUGAGCAUCAAGCCGAAGUAACCCCCGAACCUCCAACAGAAAUAACCCCUGAACAUCAGGCCGAAGUAACCCCUGAACCUCCAACCGAAAUAACCCCUGAACAUGAAACCGAAGUAACCCCAGAACCUCCAACAGAAAUAACUCCUGAACAUCAAGCCGAAGUAACCCCUGAACCUCCAACCGAAGUAACCCCUGAACCCUAA